ACACGAAAGUGCAGGAUGUUGUUAAGGCUUCUGCGGGAAAUCUAUUUAUUUUCGGAAUAUAUUUAUAGCCGCAUUCUUUUCUCGAAAAUUUCUCAGGAAAUAACAAUCGCUGCUACCUACCCUAAUUGCACUUUCUACUUUCUUCCUCGCGUCAAUCAAUAUUUUAAUUAGUUAGAACCACAUGAAAUAGGGUAUAGAGAAAUAGGAGAGCAUAUGAACGAAAUUCCACGAAUAGACGGAUCGCAUGAAAACUGCCACAUACUUCUUAUACGUAUUAUAUAUGUAUAUGUAUAAUAAAAACAGCCGUAACUCCAGUGUUGAUUAUUGCUCAACGGUGAUCAGGUUUAACAGUCAUAAAUUUUCCCAGCUUUCCUGGCCUCCGUGGCAAUUUGCGCAACGGUAUAAUGUAUCGAUGUUACUUGGUUUGCACAUCUAUACCAUAAAGUCAACGUGUAUAAGAGAAUUCAGCACUUGAACCUAUUGCUUAUACCCGUCGCAGGCAUACAUCCAUACAUGGACAUCGGGGCUGUGUAAACGGUUACCUGUUCAAAACAAAACGGAAUAUGUACACUGGACGUGAUUUGCCACUUGCUACGUGUCAACUAAAGUACAUCCUGGCUUUAGCCAGUGUUUGCGAAAACGUCCUUUCAUCCUAAACAACGACGUCUGACCGGGUGUGAAAAUAUAUAACAAGUGGCCAUCGGUUAGUCGAAUAUAAUCCAGUCAUCCGCAUGAUGAACAUCCACGUCAAACUAAUAUACCCUUAUUAAUGCAAUAAAAAGAGAGAUCUCGAUAUCAACCAGCGAAUAAAAAAAUUAUACUAAUAGAGUGCGGGCCACAGUUACAGAGGAAUACUGCUUUCUCCAUACGAAUUAAGAACUAAGUGUUUUACAUAUCCUGAAUUUUAAAGCUUGCGUAAUGUGUUGGACGCUAAUGGAUUUUAUUGCAUUAAAAAUUGUAAUUAAUUUAAAUGCUGAUGUCGUGUAAUCGCACUUCUUAUAUUCGGCAAUUGGAAUAAUCAUCAGGUAUCAAAGUGGUUUCGUAGUGAAGGAAAAAUGUCAGCCGAUUUUCCAUACCGUUAUGUAUUAGGUGACACCUAUCUUUCCGAUUUGUCAAGUAGCGAUGAAACCGGUGAUACAAUCAGCGAGCCGAUUGCCAUAAAUAGUUCUGGAUCAAAAUCUAGCGACCAAGACAGUAACAAUAACGAGAAACUGUGCAGCGAUGCCAACAGACGGCAGUCGCGAAAGAAGACCGAAGUGGAUUCGAAGUCAGGAUUAUAUUGGAACGUGCAAUUUCCUCCUUCAGACAAACUGACGGUAGAUUCAAUACCCGAAUACGAACUGCUGCUCCCAAAACUCGAAGAGCUGAUCCUAGACAGCGAUUCUGAGGCGAUUAACCAAAUCGACAAGUUAUGUAUAAAAGAUGAUGACAGGCCGCUGGCUGGCGUUGUCACUUCAGUAGCAAGAGUUAUGGGGUUGAUUGUGGUGAAGCCACCAAUGCCUUAUGACUUCUUGCUGUAUCUUGGAUCGCCUGUUUUCGUUCGAACACCUAACGCGUAUCCGGUUUCAAAGGAAGUAGCUGUGGGUCAGAUAAUCGAUGUGUUUGGCCCUGCUUCGGAGCCUUAUUACUGUGUGAAACCAGUAAGAAACGGGAUUGAACUUGUGCCUGAAGGAACCCAGCUGUUCUAUUCACCUGACAACCCACGGACGGGAUUCAUUCGUCUCAAACAAGAAGAUAAUAAUCGCUUCACCGUUCUCUACUCGCCGCGAUGUCCUUCACUCGUCGAUUGUAAUCGGAUGGGUAGGCCGGAUGCUGACCACUUCCGGUUCAGCAGUUCUACAGAGGGAUCCCCGCACCUGCAAAAACGACGGCGACGAGGUGCCCGCACGCCUGGAUUUUCCGGUUAUAGAAGUAAAUACUCAACCGAUUCACGUAUACUUCACCCCGUCCAGCCAAAGCACUCAUACUUCUCUUACUGAUGUAACAGCGUAACUGAUUGUGAGGUAAGGUUUCAAUGAGCGUUUCAAAACUCACGCAGAGUACAAGACCUCAAAAAAACGUUUAAAAUGUGCUUCGAGCAUAUGGGUAUGUAUAGUUUAAACAAGGCCGUCGAAUGAUAUUAUGGAAUAUCCUUUAUAUUCUAUCUGGGGUUAUCAACGCAUAUCUUCUUGCAGUCGCUGCAAAGUUUGUACAUUACAUGACAACGCUGGCAUUCUUAAAUUAGUCCUCACCUAUGUUAAUAGUCUUCUGUCACUUCAGCUGUACUCAUAGUACGUUAAUUGUACUCCCUGCAUUACAAGUUUUAGCCUGAUUUUAAGGUACUUUGAAUAAGUCCGGGCUUUUUGAUAAUAUUUUAAUUAAUGGUGAGUAUUUGAGCAUCGGCUAAGAAUCUUAUGCCUUACAAGUUUCUCGAUGUCACGUCUGCAAUUUCAUAUACCUCACAAAUCGAAAUUUCGUGAUGACACAG